CUUUCUUUCUUUCCCUUUUUUUUUCUUUUCCCCGGAGAUGGCUGUCAAUAUUACCUUCCAUCCAGGUUCCGUAACUAGCACAGAGCGGACGCAGCUAUUACUACAGAAAGGCGUCACCAUCUGGUUGACGGGUCUCAGCGCAAGCGGAAAAUCAACCAUUGCCUGCGCGCUUGAGCAGCAUUUACUGAAACUGCACAAGUUCACCUAUCGUCUUGAUGGCGACAAUAUCAGACUUGGACUCAAUAAAGACCUUGGCUUCGAUGAAAAGUCUAGGAACGAGAACAUACGACGAAUAGGGGAGGUGUCCAAGCUGUUUGCAGAUGCGGGAUGCGUAUCCAUCACCGCUUUCAUAUCUCCCUAUCUUGCAGAUAGAGCCAUAGCCAGGAAACUACACCACGAGGCAUCAUUACCGUUCGUUGAGGUCUACGUCGAUGCACCACUCCAAGUAGUGGAAGAACGAGACCCUAAAGGAUUAUACAGAAAGGCAAGAGCGGGGGAAAUCAAAGAAUUUACUGGGGUAUCAGCUCCGUACGAGGCGCCAGAAGCGCCAGAAAUUCAUAUCAAAACGGAUGAAACCGAGGUCGUUGAUGCAGUUCGCAUCAUUACCGAAUACCUAAUUUCUAGAGGAUACCUUUCUAUAUAGUAUUGAAGUAAUGCCCCAACACAGUGGAUGCUAAAAUAUAGCUAAAUCGUCCGAUGAAUAGGUCCUUUUUUGCUCCUCCAAUUCGUGUGUAGCAGAUUGUUCUUCGGCGAUCAUAUUGAUGCUAGACUGCUCGAGUAUCCCGUCGAGUCCCCCUCCAACCACUGCUAACCAGCGGGAUAGGUCAUCAAUUGUCCGCAUCAACUCUUUGUGGGGGUUUUUGCUGACAAUCAGGGAAGGAUAAUCUAGAUAUCCUACAGGUCGCAGCCUCGCCGAUUGGGGAAAAAAAUGGUCACUCAAAUUGCUAAGCUCAUGCUCCGGGGUUCCACCCAUGCCGGCCUCAGAUAAAGAGGGUCUAAUGAAGGGUGAUGUCGUUGGUGAUGCAACGAAGUCCCGCACGUCGGAAAUUAGACGAGGAUCGUCUCUUUUGGACCCUUGAACGAUGGACCCGAGGUUGCUGGCAACCGGAGUAAACAAUCGUGGCCCGCUGGCAACGGCAGAUGGAGAUGGGGGCAGAAGAUCAGCCAUUCCGAGAUGGUGCUCAGUUGUAAGCGAUGGUAUCUUGAGAACAUCUUUGAGACCCGGAGUUCCGAGGGAUAAGUGUCCAAUAGGCAAAGAAUCCGGUAUACCCCUGUCAAUAGAAAGGGGGCCAGGCGGCUUAUAAGAAGGGAGCAAAGCACUGCUGUUAGUUUCUAGACCAAAAGGUCCCUUGCGCGAGUUUGGAGAUUCAGAAAAUGAGGG